AUGGCAGAGUCGUCCACGAAGACGACCGACAACUCGGGACACAAGAAGCCCGUCACUGUCGUCGACGUCCAUUCUCAUUUAUAUCCUUCGUUCUACCUCGACCUGCUCAGAAGUCGCACUGAAGCACCCUACAUCAAGGACAACCGAUUGGUGAACCGAGCAUCGGCCGCGGGAGCUGGCAAGCCCGUCCAGCCCAUCCUCUACGAUGUCUCUACCAAGAUCUCGUUCAUGGACACGCAUAACAUCGACGUUUCCAUCCUCUCCCUGGGAAAUCCGUGGCUAGACUUCCUUCCUACCGAAACUGCCGGCGCCGUGGCCCAGGACAUGAAUGACCAGUUCAAUGACCUCUGUGCCAGCGUUCCCGGACGACUGUACUUCUUCGCCGUGCUGCCGUUGAGUGCUCCCCCGUCCGUGAUUCUGGCCGAGAUUGCACGUCUCCCCAAACUCUCUCAUGUCCGAGGGAUCGUGAUUGGAUGUGCCGGACGCGGUGACGGUCUGGAUGAUCCGGAGCUGGUGCCCAUCUUCCGGACCCUGGCGGACGCCAAACUGCCUAUUUUCUUACAUCCCAAUUACGGCCUGCCCGAGACGGUCUGGGGUAAGAGGGCGAAAGAGUAUGGACAGAUUUUACCCAUUUCGAUGGGCUUCCCCCUCGAAACCACCAUUGCCGUCACAAGGCUCAUCUUGUCCGGCAUCUUCGCGGAGAUCCCACACCUCGAGUUCAUCGUCUCGCACGCCGCAGGCACACUUCCGUUCCUCGCAGGACGGAUUGAAAACGCCAUCGACCACGAUCGAUUGUGGGAAGCGCAGGGCAAGAACAAGCCCGACCGGCAGACGGUCUGGGAUGUCUUGCGCAAGAACAUCUAUAUGGAUGGCAUCGUUUACGAUCAGAUCCCGCUCAAGAUGGCCGUGGAGGCCGCGGGCGUCGAUCGUGUCAUGUUUGGAACAGAUCACCCUUUCUUCCCACCUAUCAAGGGAGGAGAAGACUGGCCCAGCAUGUGGAGCAACGAGAAAGCAGUCAGUCAGGGGUUUGGGAAGGACAGCGAGCAAUACCAACUCAUCAUGGGGGACAAUGCAGUGAGAGUGUUAGGUGUUGGAGAAGGAGAAGCUGGUCAUGCUGGAGGCUGCUGCUGUGAUGGACACUGA